GCGGCGCGCUCUCACUGGCAACACGUCUAGAGCUCGCGAGUUCUUUAACGAAACUUUAUACGAUUCGAGCCGUGCAUGUUGAGUUAUUCUGUUCCUUAAAUUGUCUAAAACUUUGUGAUUGUUCAAGGAAUUUAUCGUAUGAGAGAUUUAUAAUUGUAGCUUCCGGUAAAUAGAUCUUGCUGAGCUGUCUACUUUCUGUCAUUUCAAGUCUCGAUAUCAAAGGAGGACGAACGAGCAUACGGAUCGCCUGAUUGCACGAAAAAACCGCCCGCCCACCCAUGAUAUCUUGCAACACCAGAAAACCACACGAGCAUUGACAGCCUUGGCAUAGCGAUGACGCAACAUCUCAACGUGUGGCGACCGACUUACGAUAACUGAGUGAAAUCCUCGCUUUAUGUCCCGAUAAGUUCGGAGUUCGGAAGUUCAAGCAGCCGCGAGAAUCAACACAACAGUUCAAAUUUAUGCAAAAUGUCAUAGAAACGCCUUACUAAAGUUCAUCAAAACCAAAGAGGAUUCAUCAUGGAGUUAGAAGACGUAGAGAUGUACGGCAAUGGAAACUAUGCCUAUGAUGAUAACGUUACCUUCAAUAGCACCUAUGAGAACUGUCCUAACAUAAACCUGCCCGUCGUGUAUGUUGUUACUCAAAUUCUGUACGCACUGGUCUGUAUCGUCGGUCUACUGGGAAAUACGCUGGUCAUAUACGUCGUCCUAAGAUAUUCCAAAAUGCAAACCGUUACCAACAUGUACAUCGUCAAUCUGGCGAUCGCUGAUGAAUGUUUCCUUAUUGGGAUCCCUUUUCUGAUCAUUACAAUGUCCCGCGGCGCGUGGCCUUUCGGAAGGUUCAUGUGCAAAGCUUACAUGAUUUCGACAGGAAUAAAUCAAUUCACGAGCAGUAUUUUCCACUGUAUCAUGAGCGCAGAUAGAUAUAUAGCUGUUUGUCAUCCCAUAUCAGCCCCACGUAUGAGGACCCCAUUUGUGUCCCGUGUUGUUGCAGCCGCGGCCUGGACUGCAUCAGCUCUAGUCAUGACACCAAUUUUUAUGUAUACAACCUUGAUACCAACGGACAAUGGACUGUCGUGCAAUAUCGUGUGGCCUGAACGCGAUUUUAAUAAGGGACAAAAAACAUUUACUUUGUACUCUUUUGCUCUCGGCUUUGCAGCUCCAUUGACACUUAUAUUUAUCUUUUACUGUCUCGUUAUAAGAAAACUGAAGACGGUUGGACCAAAAAAUAAAUCCAAAGAGAAGAAACGUUCGCACAGGAAAGUGACGAGGCUAGUAUUGACUGUGAUUGCGGUGUAUGUUAUGUGCUGGCUACCAUACUGGACUUUUCAAGUGGCUUUGAUAUACUCUCCCCCUACGGAAUGCGCCAGCCGUAUAACAAUCACCGUAUUUCUCGUGGCAGCAUGCUUUAGUUAUAGCAAUUCUGCUAUGAACCCGAUCCUUUACGCAUUCCUGUCUGACAAUUUCAAGAAAAGUUUCCUUAAAGCUUGCACGUGUGCGGCCGGAAAGGACGUUAACGCAGCAUUGCAUGUUGAGAACAGUGUGAUACCCAGGAAGAAAGGUGGAGUGGCUGCACGAGCUCAGACAAGAGCUAAAUCUGAGGAUCGAGGAAAAACUCCUGGUGUUGGUGGAUCUCGAUCUGAAGCAUCAACAGCUAUUACUUCUCAGUCCAUAGCUGUUAACGAGCCAUUACAUCUUGAUACUCGACCAUCUACUAUGACUCCUUUGAUCACACCAAACGGUGUAUCACAUACGAGGCUCUGAGUGAGGGCCUAUCGCCGACGUAAGCCAUCAAAUAACGAGGAGGAUACUCUAAUAGUUGCUAUACACUAAAGUUUAAAGACCACUGACCUCUAGUAUUUACCACUGGACUGGCGGCUGUCGAAGUGCUUUUGUGCCUGUUUGAUAUUCGCCAUUUUAGUGCUGUUGGCCAUGUAGCAAGAGUCUGCGGUACUAAAACUAGUGAUAGUGGACAACAUAGAUGGUGGAAAACUAUUUACAAAAAAAACUGUGUACUUUAUAACGUUGAUUUUUGAAGUAUAAAUAACACGGAAUACAAACGAAAUUAAUUCAAAAUGUAAAAAUACUUCAGAGUAUUGUACGUUCGUCCGCAACCAUUUGGAUUAUACGUCAAAAUUAGUACACUGGGCGCUCGCAAGUGGCGCUUCAAAUAGGCACAGAAAAUUUGCUGUCAAAUAUAUUGAACAACCUGUCCAGCCGUAUUUAUACAGGUCGGUGUUAAAUACAUUAUUACUCUGACAGCUUAAGGAGAUAUGAGCCCUGUCUUCUUAGUUGUCGGAUAUGUUAUUUGGUGUUAAUAAUCGAUGUUAUUAUGUUUCAUCGUGUUUAUGAUUGGACUUGUAUACGAUCAGUUCCUCCUGGUUUCAAAAUAAUGUGGUUAUGUUUCGGCGUAGGGUUGUAACGAUGAAUUUAUUAAUAUUUAGGUAGUAAUCUCGCAAGGCGAAUAAGAUUAAUCUUUGUAUACCAGUUAACAUGUAAAAAUGUACAUAUCGUGUAUAUAGUCAUGACUAUCUGUUGUUUGUUUAAUUUUAAUUAAAUAUUAUGAAUAUAUGAUAAA